UCCUCAGACUGUGCAUACGUUGGAGGUUCUAGACGUACUUCGAAUCAAGAAUUACACGUAUCAUUAAGAAGAACAAAAAUUUUAUCGGGAUGCGUAUCACGAGUAUACUUCUCUAUAAAGUUCAUAACAUUCCAUAUAGAUUCCGUGGGAAAUAUGGCAAAAUUAAGCAGCCCACCUUAAAGGAUAUCGUAGAAUUUAAAAAGGACCUUGAGAGAGAAGAUAAAAAUAUGUUACUUCUGAGGCAUCCUUAUCUUACGGCUGAACAAUCUCAUGGUCAUAUGAAAGAAAUUAAAAAAGCAAAGAUGUUCAGCCUACUGAACACGUGGCGAGAAGAAACGAACGAGAAAUUUAAUCGAAGAGUUACUGCUGCUGAUAGGUUGAAUUAUUUAACUAUAAAUGAAGCUUGGGAUUAGUUUAUUUUAUAAAUAGUUACAAUACUUCAUUGGUUCGA